ACAAUAUCGCCCAUUGCUAGUUCUGAUUUUAGUUGCGUUGGUUGUCAACGAAGAAGUUAAUUGAAAAUUUGUUGAAAAUUAUUGCGGCAGGCAGUGCAAUUGGUGUCAUUUUUCUGAAUGUUCCUUCUCGUUAGUUCAGUGUUUGCUAUUUACGGUAAGCUGAAAUUCUAGUCGUUCGUCGUGAAGCAGUUUUGAUUGCCAAUUCCGUGCUGGUGUGUGAGUACUGAGUGGAAUAUUUCGGGACAUCUCGUCACAUCACACACCUCAUAUCUCAAAAACAAUGACCAGUAAUCAUCUCUCUGACUUCCAUAUUGGAAGCAACAAAGAUUUUAAUGAUUUAUAUGAACUUUUGAGAAGCUGGAAUAUAGGCGACCUUUGCGAUUACUUCUGUGAACAACAGCUCUACAUCGGAGUUUUGAGACAAUUACCUAGAGAAAUGGCCUUAACGCUCUUCAACAACACAACAGUUUCGAUUGGUGCGAGAAUCGAAUUCUUCCAUCAUUGGUCUAAAUGGAUUACUUCAGAAAAUCAGCAAGUCAUUGAUGCCCCAUCAAUGGAAAUCCCAGAACCAAAAGAGACGGUCGUCGAUAAUGAACCUAAAUUGCUAGAUUUAAACAACAUCCUGAAGUCGAACCAAUAUGGUCUCAGUCUUAUCGAAGCCUACAAUAAGGAUGAAGCUAGUAUCUCGGUAAACAACAAUAUGAAUCCUUACUACGUAAUGACGUUAACGCUAUUGGGAGCAUUAGGGAUUAUGCUUCAAUUAGGUGUGACUGAUGGAUGCAGUUGUCAACCGGAACACGCACAAACGGCUUAUUGCAAUGCAGAUUAUGUUAUUGUUGCAGAAGUACUAAGAAAAUCGAACCGUACGCAACACGGCAAUAAUGUUUACAAAAUUGCUGUUAAAAAAGAGUACAAGAUGAAUUCUCGUGCCCAAAAAAUGUUAGGACAAGGAAAACUUAUUACUCCUACAUCGGACUCGAUGUGCGGUCUACAUCUAGAGGUAAAUCAGCUGUAUGCAAUUGCAGCUCAGAGCAUGCACGUCGGACUGUGUAGUUUUGUGCGAAAGUAUUCGGAUCUUACUAUGGUGGAAAAACGUGGUUUGGCAGGAGUUUACCGAAAAGGAUGCGGUUGUCAGAUUAAGCCGUGUUAUACUGAUAGCUGCAACGUUUCAAUUGGAACAUGCAACUGGACACCUUGGGUUGAGUGCGAAUCAGAGUAUGGAAUUUGUGUACCAACACGAGGACAUCUUAUCGAUGGAAUGCCUGCAAAGUGCCAUUGGCGUCGAUCGCCACUCUAUCAGAAGUGUAAAAAUAACAAUCCAAAAUGAGCUUAAAUUAUCAUUGAAAAGUUUAUAUAUUUUGUAUUUAUUUUUCCUAUGUUACUAUUGCUUUUCGUUAGUUCGAGCCAAGUGACAGCUCGGUGGUUUUUUGAUAACUAUACAGUAUUUAUUAUUAGAAAAAAUAUUUAUUUAAAGUGCAUGUUAGAUAUAUUUGUAUAUGACAAUGUGUCAUUUCAUAUGAAGCUUUAAUCGUACAUUUUGGUUGAUACCAUAAGUACUUAAUCUAAGUACAUGUAGAAAGUUUACGCACCAACUCAACUGAGAGACUAGCAGCACCCUCUUAGAAUUCAAUAAAACUUUGUGCAACUUUGCAUAUUUUUUCCGAAAAUUUAUUUGUACUAUGAUUUAAAAAGAACUGCAGUUAUUUUUAUAAAUCGAUAUAUUAGAAUAACGACAAAAGACAGCGAAAAGAUGUUCUAGGGAACUGCUUAAACUGAAUUGAAUUUGAGAUCCUAUACUGCAAAAAAUCGUUUUAAACACAAAAAAUGAUAUCAAAAAUCGGACAUCUCAGAAUUUUUUUGAAUUAAUGAGUUCUUCAGAUAAAAAAUUCAGUUGCCUAAAACUCUUCUUAACAAGUCAAGUGGACACUCUUAUAAAAAUUUUUGUAACAAUAACUUUUUUCUGUCCUUUUGGAAGCACGGCAAUGACAAGAGUUAAAAAAAAUUGUCUAGUGAUGACUUCGGACGUCUCAGUUUUUUUUUUUUCAAAAUAUGUUUUAGGCAAACAAUUUGAUAGCCAAAAACUAUUUUUGGAUAAGACAAAAUGGACACUGUUAAGAAAAAAAAGUUUCUCUAAUAAAAACUUUUUCGGUAAUGACAAAAGUUAGAGAAUAGCUGUCAAGUAAAGAUUUUUAGGAAAUUGUCUAUAGAAAUGACUCCUAAACGACCAUGCAUUAAGAAGUUUUUGUUAGAAAAACUUUUUUUUUCACUCAAGAGUGCUCACUUUUUAUUGUUUUAGGCAACUAAAUUAUCUAUCUAAAAAAACACAUUUGAAAGAAAUCUGAGAUCAGCGAUUUUUUUCAAUAACACUUCUUUUUGAGAAAAAAAUUCAGUGCAGAAUCUCAAAAUUUUUUCUUCAAUAUUUUUAAGUUAAAAUUUAGACCGUUUCUUAAACAUUAUUCUUUGAAAACCUUCUCUUUCUUUUGUCGAGCGGUUAUGGUCUCAACGGGCAAAAAACUUGAAACCGUGUCAAAUAUGAAAAAGUUUUUGUUCGAAAACCUUUUUUCCUUAAGGAUACCCAUUUUGGCUUGUCAAAAGAGUUUCAGGUAACUAAAAUGUCUAUCUAAAAACUUAUUUAAAAAAGUUUGAGUUGACCGAUUUUUUAAAAUUACUUUUUGUGUUUAAAAUAUUUUUUUCCAGUCUAAGAUCUCAAAAUGAAUUUUGUCGGUAUUUUUCUAUAUAAGUUCAAACACUUUUCUAAAAGUCAUCCCUUGACAACUUUUCAUUAUCUUCUAAUAUAUUGAUUUAUAAAAAAACUUCCCCCUUUUUAAAAUGUUUUUUUUUUCUUCACAUAAGCCCUAACAUAUCCAUAAGGUUUCAUUGAAUUCUAAGAGGAUGCUGAUAACAUCUGGUCGAGUUAGGGCGAAAUUGUUCUAUACUGUUAUAAUAUUCAAUACAGCUAAGCCCAACGAAAACGUCGGUAUCUUAAAUUGAUUAUUAUACGAUCCUGUUUAGUACUUUAUAAUUAUUUACCAACACUAGAUCUAGAAAUGGAUGUGUAAAUAAGUAUAAUAUUCCCCCAUCAAAUAACUAGGAAGCUUAGUACAAACUAUUUAUAAUAAUUUACAAUUGUUAAUACUUUGAAAAUAUUAUUAUCAUUCAAGCAAAUAAAUCCAUGAUUACAGGCACAAACUUAAUACGUAACUACUA